GUCUGACCUAUUCAAGUGGAAGGAUGAACACUGGAUACAGGAACACGAUGUGAAUGGAAGAGUCCUGUCAUUAUGCAAACAUUACGGCACUCUGAACAGACGCUAAAAACAGCUCUCAUCUCAAAGAACCCAGUGCUUGUGUCACAGUAUGAGAAAUUAGAUGUUGGGGAACAGCGUUUAAUGAAUGAAGCCUUCCAGCCAGCCACUGAACUCUUUGGACCUAUUACCUUGCAUUCACAAUCAGAUUGGAUCACCACCCAUCCUGAGGCUCCCCAAGACUUUGAGCAGUUUUUCAGUGAUCCUUACAGAAAGACACCCUCUCCAGAGAAACGCAGUAUUUAUAUACAGCCCAUUGGAUCUCUAGGAAACACCAGAAUUAUCAGUGAAGAAUAUGUUAAAUGGCUCAAGGGGUACUGUGAAGCAUUUUUCUAUGGCUUGACAGUAAAACUCCUGGAACCGAUUCCUGUUUCUGCAACGAGGUGUUCCUUUAGAGUCAAUGAUAACACACAAAACCUACAAAUUCAUGCAGGGCACAUCCUGAAUUUCUUAAAAAGGAAGAAACCUGAAGAUGCCUUCUGUGUUGUGGGGAUAACAAUGAUUGAUCUCUACCCAAGAGACUCCUGGAAUUUUGUCUUUGGACAGGCCUCUUUGACAGAUGGUGUGGGGAUAUUCAGCUUUGCCAGGUAUGGCAGUGAUUUUUAUAGCUCAUACUAUGGAGGCAAAGUGAAGAAGCUCCAGAAAAAGUCUUGGAGUGACUAUUCAGUUUUUGAUAACUAUUAUAUUCCUGAAAUAACUAGCGUUUUGCUGCUUCGAUCUUGUAAGACUUUAACCCAUGAGAUUGGACACAUAUUUGGACUGCGACACUGCCAGUGGCUUGCCUGCCUAAUGCAGGGCUCCAACCACCUGGAGGAAGCGGACCGGCGCCCUCUAAACCUUUGCCCUAUCUGUUUGCUCAAGUUGCAGUGUGCUAUUGGCUUCAACAUUGUAGAAAGAUACAUGAGGUGGAUUGAUGAUGACUCUGCUGACACACCUGGAGUGACUCCAAAAAAUAGCCGUGCGGAUAAUGUGAACUUGCCGAAACCUGUUGAAGCUUUUAAGGAAUGGAAAGAGUGGAUAAUAAAAUGCCUUGCUAUUCUUCAAAAAUGAGGACCUCCAAAUAGGAGUAGUUAAAAUAAAUACUUGC